AUGUUUGGCGAUGGCAUCUUCACCCAAGAAGGUGAGGCCUGGAAGCACUCACGGGACCUACUUCGUCCACAGCUAGUACAUCGACAAUAUGAAGAUCUCGCAGUUUUUCAAGAGCCUAUGGAAGAUUUGUUAAGUGAGCUACCACAAAAUAGUGGUAUAGUCGACCUUCAGCCACUAUUUUUCCGCUUCACACUGGAUGUAACAACCGCAUUUCUCUUUGGGGAGUCCAUUCAUAGCCUAAGGUCAACGGAUAAUAGCCAAGAACAGACUUUUGCGGCAGCAUUUGACCUUGCACAGAAAUAUGUGGUCAAGAGGUUCCGCCUUCUGGAUCUCUACUGGCUCAUCGGGGGUUCUAAAUUCCGCGAUGCCUGCCGUAAAGUGCAUGCAUUUGCUGAUGAGGUUAUUGACCAAAACCUUUCUGCAAGCGCCUCAACAGACGACCCAACCGACACAAGAUAUGUUUUCUUAAAAUCUGUUGCGAAAGCAUGUCCUGACAGAAUAGCACUUCGUGGACAGAUUAUUAAUAUUCUAGCUGCUGGCCGUGAUACCACCGCUUGCCUAUUGUCUUGGACUUUUUUUUUGCUUGUUAGGCAUCCUAAAGCAAUGGAGAAGUUACGAACAGAAAUUUCUCAACUUGAGGAUGGCUCAUUAAACAGAACACACUUGCGAAACCUCCAAUAUCUGCAAAAUGUGUUAAAAGAAACCCUUCGCUUGUAUCCUUCGGUGCCAGUGAACACUCGGACGGCGGUUGAGAAUACUAUUCUCCCAAUGGGUGGUGGGCCUGACAGGAAGUCGCCAGUCUUAAUACCGAAAGGCUCACCAGUGGCUUUUAGUGUCUAUACACUUCACCGCCGUCCAGACCUAUAUGGCCUGGAUGCGGAGUGCUUCCGCCCUGAGAGAUGGGUUGAGGACCUACCACUUUUUAAGGACAAGACCACUCAGAACUAUGGAUACUUGCCGUUUAGUGGUGGGCCGCGGAUUUGUCUGGGAAUGGACUUUGCCCUCACAGAAGCUGCUGUUACUAUUGUCCGAAUAUUCCAGCGUUAUCCAAGUAUCCGGCUUCCCGAGGGAGAACCAAUCGAUCUUGUUGGUGUUGAAAGGCAGACAAUGACACUUGUGUUACAGAUCACAGAUGGUUGCAAAGUGGAACUAGGAUAG